UUGUCACAGUUGUCACACCAAUGUUUUGACAUAAAAGGUACUAAUUAUCAAAAUAGUGUCAUUUCUUCUCGUAAAUAUAGGCACGCGAAGUUCGAAGAGAAAUAUGAAACUGAAUUAGAAUAUAACGCGAAGCAAUGAGAUUAAUUAAUAAACGACGCAAGAAACGAUAUAGUAAAUUUAAUAUUGAUAAGUAGAAACUACUCACACAUUUCUUUAAUAAAAUAAUAACGAUGUCAUCGCAAAGCAAGCAAUCGUCUUUAAUGCAGUUUAUUAAGAAAACCAAUGGACAUUCGAAUUCAAAUACCGUCAGUGAUUCGAAAAAUGAGCAGGCCUCAGAAAAGAGAUCAAAGUUUGUAUUCAAGUCAAAGUCAACUAAUUCGGGUAACUGGACACCACCAUUUAAAACACCUACAAAUACAGUGCAGUCCCCUGUUGUAACUAGCUUUAAUAAUUCGAAUAGUAUUGACAAGUCACCUUCAAUCCUGCCGACUAAUAAAGUGUUGAAAGAUGCGGCGCUCAGAGCUGCGCUUGACACCUACAAAACAGAUGACAAUCAAAGUAACGACCUGUUUGAUAUGGAAGUGGACGAUUUCCCAGCAGCAUUUGGUACGGAAUGCAAAACUAAUACUCCAGUAAAGAUGAACGAAAGUAUUAGAAUAAGUGAAAGCCCUACCCCACCGAAGACCAAAGUAGAUUCUCCUGCGAAACAUAAGAUUCUUAAGACCCCGGUGAAGAGGAGCCCUAGCCAGGAUAAGGACAAGGAUCCCUUGAAGAAUUUGAAGUUAGAUCAGUCAUUGACGAAGUUAUUAUCCAAUAUCUCCAAACAUCCUGCCUUGGCGAAAAAUGGGAACAGUGUAACUCAAGAAAACAGGGAGCAAUGUAAAGAAUAUUAUAUACACUUACUUGAAAAGGUAUUUGAUGCUUUUGACAGAAUACCAAAUUGUAUAAGAGAAAAAUUUCCUGGAUAUGAGAAACAAACUUAUGCGAAAAUAAAACAAUUAAAAUCGAAACUAAAAAAAAUAUUUACUCAAUCUGAUAGUAUAAGUACACAAAUAUCACAACUUUCACCCAACUGCAAAAAACAACUCGGUCGAUAUGAUGACGACAUUGAUGAUUUUGAUCUACAGUCCAGUGGAGUAAUAAAUAAAAAAAGUAUUGAUAAUAUUCCAACGAUUGUCAAAAAUGUAGGUGUUUCAACGUCUACACCAGAUUUCGCAAAUAAAGUUCCAACGAAAACUAUAUACACUGAGCAACAAGCUAAAAAAUCUUUAUCGUUUGAUGGAUGUUCACCACUCAACAAACCACAUGAACCGAUAGUAAAUUGUCAAAGAGAAAGUAUCGAUACAAGUUCCUCUGAAAGUUUAAACAAAAGUAAAGGGAAGUUUGUGUUCAAAAAGCCGUCGAGGCUUAGUAUGGAAGAAACCAAGCUACCAAUUAGAGAUAUUGUCUCAUCUACGGCGGAAAGGAUACGGAAUGCAUCGGAAAGGUUGAAGCCGAUGGAGACAUCUGUACCGACAAAGUGUGCCCCUGUAGCCAGCAGCUCAGUGGCCUUCCAACCGCCACAGUUCUGUAAAAGCUCCAUGUUGAACAGAUUCAGUGCUGAAUCUCCUAAAGAAAGUGAAGAAGAGAGCGAACAGGUCGAUGACUACCAAGUGCCCAUCGACAUGGAUGAUGACACAGAUAUACUGCCGACCUAUGAAGAUGAAGUCGUAAAUAUUAGCGAUUCUGUGGCAAGCGCCGGCAAUGCAGUCACGAUGACUACUCCUGAUAUAACUCUUGAUGAAGAUGGCUGGCAACAGUACAACCCGGAAGACUUCAACGAUAAUAUUGAACCAAGUCAGGAAACAAGUAAUCAUCAGCCAGAAGUCGUCAAUCUGAUGGAAGAUAGUAUGCUUAAAGACAGUACCACUGCGAAAUAUGAAGGGAUAGGAGAUUUCCAUGCAGGCACCCCAAACGAUGGGAUCACGGGUGAAUUUGACGGCAUGGACUACCCUCACACGGUGCCGAUGAUGGAGGUUUUCAGCGAGAAGUUCGGGCUGAAGUCGUUCCGGCCCAACCAGCUGCAGGUCAUCAACGCCAUGCUACUGGGACACGACUGCUUCGUGCUCAUGCCCACCGGCGGCGGUAAAUCACUCUGUUACCAACUGCCUGCGAUAUUGACGCCCGGCGUUACAAUAGUCAUUUCACCGCUCAAGUCACUCAUAUUGGACCAAGUCAACAAACUGUUGUCGCUUGAUAUCCCGGCGGCGCACCUGUCGGGCGACGUGUCGGCGGCGGCGUGUGACGAGAUCUACCACAAGCUGUCCCUGCGCGAGCCUCCCAUCAAGCUGCUGUACGUCACGCCGGAGAAGAUCAGCAGCUCGCAGAAGUUCCAGUCCACGCUCACUGCGCUCUACUCACGAGACAAACUGGCCAGGUUUGUGAUAGACGAGGCCCACUGCGUGUCCCAGUGGGGCCACGACUUCCGGCCGGACUACAAGCGGCUGAGCGUGCUGCGCGAGCAGUUCCCGCGCACGCGCGUGGUGGCGCUGACGGCCACGGCCACGCCGCGCGUGCGCAUGGACAUCCUGCACCAGCUGCACGUCGCCAGCUGCAAGUGGUUCCUCAGCAGCUUCAACCGCCCCAACCUCGCCUACAGGAUAUUCGAGAAGAAACCCAAGUCCAUCAACCAGGAGAUUGCCACCAUGAUCAAGCAGAAGUUUUUCAGAUCAUCGGGCAUAGUGUACUGCUUGUCGCGCAAGGAGUGUGAGAGCGUGUCGGCGGACCUGCGCAAGGCGGGCAUCCAGUCCGCGCCCUACCACGCCGGGCUCAGCGACAAGAAGCGCGAGGAAGUGCAGUCCGCCUGGGUCGCCGACCGGUACCACGUGAUCUGCGCUACGAUAGCGUUCGGCAUGGGCGUGGACAAGGCGGACGUGCGCUUCGUGAUCCACCACAGCCUGCCCAAGUCCCUGGAGGGCUACUACCAGGAGGCGGGCCGCGCGGGCCGCGACGGGGACCCCGCCGACUGCCUGCUCUACUACUCCUACUCCGACGUCGUGCGGUAUCGACGCCUGCUCGACAUGGAACGAAACACGACGGCAGAAUCGAAACGCGUCCACGUAGAGAACCUCCUUCGUAUGGUGGAGCUGUGUGAGAGCGUGACGGAGUGUCGCCGCGCGCACGUGUUGUCGUACCUCGGCGAGAGGUUCCAGCGGGAGCAGUGUCUCAGGAACACACGCACCGCCUGCGACAACUGCCUCAACGCACAAGACCACAAGUUGGUUGACGUCACAGAGGAAUGUAAGAUAAUUGUUCGUUGCGUGCGAGAGAAGAAUAACGAGCGAUGUUCGUUCACACUAUUGCACAUGGCGGACGCCCUGCGCGGGUCCAUGCAGCAGCGACUGCAAGGACUGCAGAAGGAUCCUAUUCAUGGACGCUGCAAGUCGUGGCACCGCGGCGACCCCAUGCGCCUGCUGCGGCAGCUGGUCGUGCGCGGCCUGCUCGCUGAGAAACUCGUCGUCAACAACGACAUCGCCAGCGCGUACGUCGUGCUGGGACCCAAUGUCGAUAAGUUAAUGUGUGGCGGGCUUCGCAUUGUGUUCCCCAUGAAGGUGGAACGCAAGGCGAGCCUGGUCGCGCCGGCGGCGGCCGCGGAUACACCCGACACGCCUAUAGCCGCGCUACUGAAGCAGCUCGAAGAACGCUGCUACGCCGAUUUAGUUGAGGCUUGCCGGGAGAUGGCGGCGGCGCGCGGGCAGUCGCUGUCGGCGGCGCGCGGGCAGUCGCUGUCGGCGGUGCUCCCGCAGGCGGCGCUGCGCGGCAUGUCGCGGCGCCUGCCCGAGCGCGAGGCGGAGCUGCUGGCGCUGCCCUACGUCACGCGCGCCAACUACCACAAGUACGGCGCGCAGCUGCUCAGCAUCACCGCCGCAUACGCCGUCGAAAAGAUGGGCUUGCUGAUGCAGUACCAGGAUGAGUUAGAAGCGACGCAAGAGAAGACAGCGGCUGCGGCAGACAACUCUGACUCGGACACGGACUGGUCGCGCCUGGCGCGGCAGGCCGCCAGCGAGGAGGGCGCGGGGGGCGGGCGCGGGGGCAGGCGCGCGGGCGGGCCGCGACGCGGGGGCGUUAGGAAAAGGUAUAAGCGAAAGGUGACGUCAUCGGCAAAAAAGAAGGCUGCUCGAGGCGCGUAUGCUGCGCGUGGCCGGGGCAACGUGAGUACAGGGUCUAGAGGUGCGGGGUCAUCCCGGGGCAGGGGCUCGUUCCCGGGCGCAGGCUCUGCCCUGGGCAGCAUGCCGGUCCCGCGCAAUGCGACCACGCUCAACACUCGCCCCGGCGUCUUCAACCCUGGGAAGCUCAACCUCUUGUAAACCCCGGACACAACACCUGUGGAAAUCUACCUUAGAAUGAGUCUUACUAAACAUUCUGGAAGACUGCUAUAUACGACUUAUCUUAGUAUUCAUAGCUCUUUCUACGCGUUAGGAUUUUGUCAGAUAUUAUACUUAAUUUAUCGAGGUAAAGUUUUUAGUAUGGUGAAAUAACUCGUAUGUGAUUUCGUCUUGUGUAUAUUAAUAUUAUAGAUUGAUUGACUGGUUUAUCAGUUCGGCCUAACUAGAUGUUUCCUGUUCAUUGUAAAUGUUUCAAAAUAAAUACACAUAAAUUUUGCUGUUCUUGUUCAAAGUGAUUAUAAUUCAAUUCACGUUUAUCCAUUACAUCAAUUACAAAGAAAUGCAGUUAUUAAGUAAAUUAUCUUGUAAUUAAAUUCAAUUUGUCUGUUAUUGUAAAUAAAUGUUCUUAUGUUUUAUAA